ACUCUGGAUGCUGGACCCCAAGGACAUUGGUGAAUGGCAGCACGAGGAGUUCUACCGCUUCAUAGCACAGGCUUACGACAAGCCCCGCUACAUCCUGCACUACAAGACCGACGCUCCCCUCAACAUCCGCAGCAUCUUCUACGUGCCUGAGCAAAAACCAUCCAUGUUUGACAUCAGCAGGGAAUUGGGCUCCAGCGUUGCCCUCUACAGCCGCAAAAUUCUCAUCCAAACCAAAGCUGCAGACAUCCUGCCUAAAUGGCUGCGUUUUCUUAGAGGUGUUGUGGACAGUGAGGAUAUACCCCUGAACCUCAGCAGGGAGCUGCUGCAGGAGAGUGCCCUUAUCAGGAAGCUCCGAGAUGUUUUGCAGAAGAGGUUGAUCAAGUUCUUCAUUGACCAGAGCAAGAAGGACCCCGAGAAAUAUGCCAAAUUCUUUGAGGACUACGGGGUAUUCAUGAGAGAGGGGAUUGUCACAAUAGCAGAGCAGGAUGUCAAGGAGGACAUAGCAAAGUUGCUACGUUAUGAAUCGUCCGCCCUUCCCGCAGGCCAGCUGACCAGCCUGAGCGACUACGCCUCCCGCAUGAAGGCAGGGAGCAGAAACAUCUACUACCUGUGCACACCCAACCGGCACCUGGCUGAGCACUCCCCAUACUUUGAGGCCAUGAAGAAAAAGGACAUGGAGGUCCUGUUCUGCUAUGAGCAAUUUGAUGAGCUGACACUCUUGCACCUUCGGGAGUUUGACAAGAAGAAGUUGAUCUCGGUGGAGACAGAUAUUGUUGUUGAUCACUACAAGGAGGAGAAGUUUGAGGAGAGCCGCCCAGCUGCCGAACGUCUGACAGAGAAAGAGGCUGAGGAUCUGAUGGCCUGGAUGAGAAAUGCCUUGGGCUCUCGAGUCACUGGUGUUAAGGUGACUACACGGCUGGACACCCACCCCGCCAUGAUCACUGUGCUCGAGAUGGGGGCUGCCCGCCACUUUCUUCGCAUGCAGCAGUUGGCCAAGACCCAAGAGGAGCGUGCCCAGCUCCUGCAGCCCACCCUGGAGAUCAAUACAGGGCAUGCUCUGAUUAAGAAGCUUAACGAGCUGAAGGACAGUCAGCCUGAUCUGGCCCAGCUCUUGCUUGAUCAGAUAUAUGAGAAUGCAAUGAUAGCAGCAGGACUGAAUGAGGAUCCCAGACCAAUGGUGAGCCGGCUGAAUGAACUCCUCACCAGAAUCCUGGAGAAGAACUGAGCCCCACAAGGCUGAAGGAUGAACUCUGUGCUGAUCUCUCUUUCCUCAAGUGCAGUCACUCUGUCAGCUAUUGCAGCAUCUGCUUGCAGGCACUGUGCAGCGAGAGGUUCACGUGGCAGAGGGCCAGGGAGAAUGCAGGGGACUUCUAACCCUCACUGCACAGGGAGGAGCAAAUUGUAAUUAUUAGAUCAUAUGUCAUCAACCUGUUCAAAGUGUGAUAUUCUUAGUGGGGACAAAAUCCAGAGGUUGCUACUAAAACAAUAUACCCAAAUUUCUGACACAAGCCUGAAGAGCCUCAUUUCAUACUGUUUCUCGAAAUGGCCUUUACCUAAACAGAUGUUGGCAGCAAGAUUCCCAGUUGGGUCUGUGAAUACACCCCCUCAUCCACUGAAUCGCUGUGCACCAUUGUGCUCCGAACAAGCACUCACAGAAUUAAUUUGUUAGGAAACCUGCACCUCUGACCAGGCAGGAGGAGUUUGCUGGCAUGGAGAUAGGUUGCUGCCGUUAGCAGACACAGAUACUGUUGGUGGAACAUGUCAGUAGAAUCCCGUGGCAGAAAAGAUCACCGAGCUGUCGGAUAAUUGAGUUCAUCCUGGUCUUGCUGUUGAGAAAGGGAAGUAACUGGGAAACAGCUUUCCAGCGUGUGGCUUUCUGGAGAGUCUCCAGGGUUUUUGCCUCUUCUGUGGGCUAAACUGCAUGUCUGGCUGAUCUGUAUUUAUGAUAAAUAAACUUCUUUUCCA